AUGCCGGACGAAGAGUUCUACGUGGACCACGGGAAGAAGGUGGACAAGGACGGGAAGCUCAUCCUCGAGGUCGACGACAAGCCCUGGCUUCUUAAUGCCAUUUUCGACUUCAAAACUUAUGCAGUUUUCUUCCUUUGGUCGCUACUCUUCGAGAAUUUGUUGAGGGUCUAUGUGCGAACCAGCUUUUACACAAUUGCCUGUGGAAUCGCCGGCCUAUACGUUGGGUUCAAGGUCUGGAAGAGUGAGGUUCAUAAAAGGCGCGAUAUCAUCUUGGCUAUUGGAUACGCUGUAAGUUGUCAUUGGACAGUUUCAGCGCUCCGAACACAAGAGUCAACUCCAAUAAGGGAGAAAUCAGUCUGUCAGGAAAAUAAUGAAGGUAAAAGUUCCUUAUUUUGGCCACAACUUAUAACUCUGCGGAAACUGGUCGGAAUUAGCCCAAAUUUAGCGUGCACGCUCAAUUCAUCGUUGUCAAUGCCCGGACAGUGGAUUUAGUUAGUGAGGUACCUUCUUUUUUACGUACCACCUUACCCUUCAAAAACGGCUGCAGCCUGUGAUUUUACACUUUAUACGAUGAAACAUGUCCGGAACUAAACUUAUUGCCUCCGUAUGGAACUAAAUGAGUCGUCACAGCCUUCGUAGGUACCCUUAAAACUAUAGAGCUAUUAUAGUAAUUCAGUGCCAGCUAGGUCGAAGCGUUUUUUCCUAACUUUAGUGCCCAAGCUUGGGCGCAGUUCGCGGAGUACCUUUGUUGUGGCCAAAAUAAGGAACUUUUUCCAAUAGUGAAGAUUCUGUCGUAUCGAAAAUCGCAUCGCCGCCGAGGAAAUGAAUUGUGUGGCGGAGAAAAUCAAAUUGCUUUUCCCUUCAGACGACGCGGCUGGCGCAGCGACAGAAUGCUCAUUAUUUCCCCGACAGACUGAUAAAAUGAACGGAUAAGGCAAUCGGGCCGUAGGCAGGCCCACACUUUGCGGGCAACUAGAAGAACGGCGGGGAUUCCGUGGACAUGUUCGGAAAUCAGCCAACACUUCCUUACAACAGGAAAUUCAAACGAUGGAUUUGACAGCUAGAUGUUGCGAAUUAAAUUUUAAGGUGUACAAGUGGCUUGAAUAGUCACCAUAAAGUCAAACAAGCAUUUUGAACGGUUCAGAAACCAUUUUUUUGAAUACAAACCCCAUAACUUUGAAAGCGGAGGGCGAAUUCACUAGAUUUGUGGACUUAUCAGUAGCACGGAGUUGUCAACGAAAAAUUUUUGCCAUACCACGUUGACAAUACGCUAAAAACUCAUCAUAAUCAUGUUUUCAGUACUGCCUUCUUCUCUCCAGCACGGCUCUUCGCAGAGCCGUGUUCGCCUACGUAUACUCAACUCCCACCCAUUGCAACCCCCGAUUUUCGCUAACCCUCGCCCUUUUCCUGGACAUCUCCUUCAUCUGGGUUGUGGUCGCGUCGAUGGCGUUGAUGACGUUCACCGGGAUCGAGAAGAUUUUUUGUCGCGGCGACAAAAAAUGGAAAAGUUUUCCCCUGUUCUUCCUUCUGCUGGCCUUCUCUCUGAUAUGGCUGCCAUUCCCGCCGCAGGGCUUUAACUUUGUGCGGAAGGUGUUGCGAAAUGGGGCCGGUCUGAUCUAUCGGAAUGAAGGGAGGGCUCAGUGGAUUGUCGAGUUUUGGAGUCAUCCGGAGAAUAAAGUUUAA